GAGAAAUGGGGAGGAAAAGAAAAAAAAAAAAAGUUCUGAUGUGUACACAGAUGUGUAUUCAUAUAUUAACGUUUUUUGGAAUCGUUGUGAAAUAUGUGAUCAUUUGACCUUUUUGGGCCUCAAACUGUUAUUUAAAUGGGAGGGAGGGAAAAUGUCUCUUUGGUAGAACUAUUACUAACAAUUACUAACUUCUAACUCAGAGAUCUGAAACAUGACCAAGAUGGUUGGGAAACACUCGUUUAAUCUGUAAUUAUUAAAUGUGUGUCAAAGUAAUAACUGGCAGAUAAAUGUAGUGAGGUAGAAGGAUAAAGUAGCAUUAAAUGUAAAUAAUCAAAUUCUUGAGUAAAUGUACGUGGUUAGGUUUACUACUAAGCAGUUAUUUCUAACUUGUGUCAUUAAACCUGAAACCACCAUCAGGGUGAAUAAUUCCAGGUGAAGUAUCCAAGCUGCCGACAGGACUCUGACCAACAAGCACAGGCUAUAAUAUUCAAAAGUGGCAAAUAUCAGGUGAUCAUAUUAUUGACUACAUAUUCCUUCUUUCAUUAAUUCUACCUAUCAUGCUCACACAUGGAAAGGUCUAGUAUCAUGACUAAUAUUGGAACAGGAACAUGACACAGAACAUCACUAUGAAGAAACAACAAGAAAAUCACUGAUUGCAGGAGAAAAAAAACAUAUGCAAAAAUGACAAAUGAAAAAAAGAAAAAGUAUAAAUAUAUAUUUUUAUACUCAACAUGUUCCUAAGAUACAGAUAUCUGAAGGAGAAUGAGGAAAUUACCUGUGCGACAGCUACGUAUCAUUUCAUUUUCUUAUGUGAGGGGAAGAACAGCUUGCAUCUUACGCAAGUGUUGCUAAUACUUGAGGGGGAAGAAAGUCUUGAGGAAAUACUCCAGAAAGUUGACCAGGAUAAGCAACUAAUCCCUCACUAAUAAUUUGUAAGUUAAAUGAAAAAUCCACCGUAAAAUUUGACGUUGAAUUUGACACUCAUCGAUAUUUAUUGAUUUUUACCACCACACGCCAUUGGAAUACUGCUAUGCAAAUGGAUGGUUUGGAGUGGAUUUUCCCUUUAAAUUGCUUGGCUGAAAAUAUCAUAGGGAUUUUCUCAGAAUUAGCCUGUGUGAUUGCUGACACUGUGUCUGUGUGUGGACAAUUAUUGUGUGAUUACUAAGUAAUUAAUUAUAUAUCACUUUAUCCACUUAAUUUUAACAAGCUAGGAAACAAUAAAUGCAGCAUGGUAGCACAAGGUUUAAUUCCUGCUCUAGCUGGUCAUUUUGAAUAUGAACAUUCUGACCAUCCUCUCAAAACCACACCAUCAACCACAGACGUAUGCCGGAUGCUUGACACACACAAUUAAUUCCUGCCCGAUAUUGGGAAAUCCCUCCAGUCUGGAGAAUAUAAAAUGACAGCCCAUUGCAAAGACAAGGCAACUCCUUCUAGCCCUGGCAGCCCUCAGCAUCAGUGGAAACUCAGCAAGUGCUUCCCAGCAGCGCAACAUGCCCUCUAAACUCUAUGGCCCUUUGCUCUUUGCACUGAUGCUUGCCGCUCAGCUGCUGUGCGCCUCCGCAGCCCCGGUUGAAAUCGAGCCCACCGACAGCCCGGCAGGUGACACCUCAGGUGGGGGGGAGGAGGGGUCCUCUGACCUGCUGAGCGAAUCUCAGCCUUGGAAUUCGAUGCUUAAAGUAUUAGGGAACCAUGAGAAAGAGUUUGUGGAAGAAUUCAAGGGACAAGCGGAAUACCAUAUGCUGGACAACUACAAAAUCUCCUCACUUCCAGCUGACUGCCGUGAUAAAUCCAUCCUCAGCAAGGAGGCUUGUCUCCGCAGGCUGGUCGAGGGCCUGCAGACCUACUUGGUUCUUCUUAAGCACGUGGAGAAGGAGUAUCCGAGCAGCUUACAUGUCUCACAGAUGAAAAUCUCCAUCGGGCAGCUGAUAGGUGAAAUUAAAGCAAAGAUGAGGAACCCUGGACAGGUCACGGUGCUGACCAGCAGCCAGGAGGAGCAGCUGCUGAAGGACAUCGACAGCCCCAACUCUUUCCACAGAAAAAUGACUGCGCACAGCAUCCUGCUCCAGCUCCGCAACUUCCUGCGCGACAGUUUACCGGUGGUUCGUAAAAGAGAGAGGGCCAGAGUGGUCUGGCCAGCGGGAUUAAUGCAGCCAUCCAUCCCCAUUUCCAGAUAGUAUGAGAGAUGAGGGCAAUAAGAAUCAGUCAUGAAGGAAUACCUCAGGGAAAAUUAGGUGGUGGUAACACCGUCACUCCUCUCAGAAUCAUCCUCACACUCAAAUGUCUGGUGGUUGCUGUGACUGCAGUAGGUAUAAUGGCUACUGUGUGUAUGUUUAAUAUUGUAGGCCUGAGGGCUUGAAUCACCCACUAUUGCAGUACUUAUUUAACCUAUUUAUACUUGGUGAAAAUUGUUAUUUAUUAGUCAUCGGAAAAUCCAUGACUGUGGAAUAAUAGGAAUAUUUUGAUGUUGAUUCAUUUCUGGAAUGUGACAAUUAACUCGAGCAGCAUUCUUAGUAUUUUUUUAGGUAAAUUAAAAAAAUAUAGUAUUAUCUAUUUUUGUAAGCAAUUAUUACUUUCACUUAUAUUAUUGUUUACUAUUAUUUAUUUUGUAGUGUAAACUAAACUAAACCUGCUGUUUGAAAAUUACAAUGCAAUAAGCCAUGUUUUGAAGAACAUGCUACUGGUGAGUGACUUGAAAGAGUAUUCUGUACAUGCAGAGAAAGAAAAUAAAAAUCAUUUGCAUAUAUAAGAAGCAAGUUUCUUCAUUCCAACACUUAUGACACAUUUCAGGGCUGCAACACAUUUUGUAACUGUGGUUUUUCGACCACGACAACAGACAUUCUAAUCAGCAUCCUUAUGUUCGUAAUUUCGACAAAGGCUGGAAAAUGAGUGUAACAGAUAAAAAUGAAUAUUACUGAAUUUUAUGUAGAAUUUCAUGGACCACCUACAACAAUCAAGACUGACAAAAACAAGACUGACAUUUUGUUGAGGAUUUAUUUUCAGAAAUUUUAAAUUAAAAAUAAAAAGAGGAAAAACAUGGAACUAAUGGUAUAUCUUAACAUUGGUGACACACAUUCAUAAA